GAUAGCAUCAUGAGCAAACGACAAUUCAUUCAGUUGAUCGCAGUUGUUCGCAAUCAUCGUUUGUUUCCAACUAUGGACCGUUGGACUGGAAAGGUGGCUGUGGUGACCGGUGCGAGUUCCGGAAUCGGUGCCGCAACAGCGAAGGAACUAGCCAAGGCCGGAAUGGUCGUAAUCGGGUUGGCGCGUCGGGUGGAACGAAUCGAAGCACUGAAGCAAGAGCUGGAUGAAACCGUUCGGCAGCGCUUACACGCCAUGCAUUGUGAUGUCACAAAAGAGGAAUCUAUCCUGGCUACCUUUCGAUCGAUAGAGGAAACAUUUGGCGGGGUGGACGUGCUGAUCAACAAUGCUGGCCUCGCCAGUAGGGCCGCAUUGCUGGAGCCAGGUAAUACCGACAAACUACGGGUAGUGAUCGAUACGAAUGUGAUGGGAUUGACGCUGUGCAGUCGGGAAGCGUUCCAGUCGAUGAAAAAUCGCUCGGCCGAUGGACAUAUCGUGCAUAUCAACAGCGUUGUCGGACACACAGUGCUCAACUUUCCUGGCACGAACAUCUAUUCGGCGUCCAAAUUUGCAGUGACCGCCCUCACGGAAACGAUGAGACAUGAGUUGAGAGCAGCGGGAACGAAAAUAAAAGUUACGAGUAUCAGUCCAGGUGCUGUGAACACAGAGGCGCUUGGAUCCGAUUGGGAUGUCUCAAAAAUGCACAUGCUGGAGCCAGUUGACAUUGCUGAUGCUGUUUUGUACGUAUUGGGUACACCUCCGAGAGUACAAGUUCAUGAGUUGAUGAUAAAGUCUAUUGGAAAAUAAUAAGCCGUGCAUACAAA